AAAGGUCUCUUUCAUCUCGACAACCUCCUUCGAUCGUAUAUGCUCCCGGUCGUCACUCGAGCGAAAACUAUGCACCCCCUACGAUGGUAUAUGCGCCUCAUCAUGCUCCAGGAAUGACAUAUACCGUUUCAGCUCCAACCCCCAAAUCUGUUUUCCCCCAGUAUCCGCGUAUAACGCCUGCUCCGUAUCCCUACGUCCACAGUCAUCUCGCUUCCGUUCAUGAGGAGAACCGAUUGGCUGACAGUAGAGGUCCGAGAGGUCCUCGUCCACGGUCGACGAGACCGGAGGAUAUGCGCAGAGAACCUUAUGUUAUCCCCACUCCAGGGCAAAAGAUCAAGGUGUUGGUGAGUCCAUCCUAUCGUUUGUUCUCCCUGAAUGUUUGACUUACGAUACUUGCAGGUCGGUCCAGAGGCGUCACUAUACACAGCAACCUCAACCAC